AUGAAAUGGGAGGACAUUUCCAAGCAUUUGCCCGGUCGAAGUGCCAUCUCCUGCCGACUACAUUAUCAGAACUACCUGGAGCGGCGAAGUGAGUGGGAUGAGGACCGCAAGAACAAGUUGGCCCGUCUGUACGAACGAUUCAAGAAUGACAUGUGGUCCCGCAUAGCCGAGGAGAUGGCCAUCCCGUGGCGCGCCGCCGAGGCCAUGCACUGGCAGAUGGGCGAGCAUGAGAUGGCUCGACGAGCUGGCGUGACUCCCUUUGCCCUUGCCAACACCAACAACAAUGUUGGCUCCUCUCAGCCGCCUGUGAAUCACGCGUCAAUGAACAUGGGCCCUCGGCAUUACAACCCCAAUAUCCAGCAGCUUCCUCCGUCCAUGAUUUCCUCGGCUCCAAUGCCACACCACCGUCGAAAUUCAGGCCCUAGCUCCCUCUCCCAGACCGGACAACCGCCACAGCUGCCCUCCCUGGCAGAGCUGACAGCCGGUCUCCCAGCCUUCGCGCCACCCAUUGGCCACGCCGCCCACGCUGCGACUCCCACAGCUCCGAGCAGCGUCGGCUCCCCAUAUUCAGAGUACCCUAGCCGCCGAAGCCUCCCGCCCGGGGGGCUCUCCACUGGUACAGCAUUCGACCACCUCCCUCCACCAGGCAGCAUGGCCCACCGUCCCGGCACACCACCCGCGGGCCAGCUCCCCGCGCCGUCGUCGAGCAGCUACUUCCCGACCAGUGCACCCACGCGAGAUAUGAAUGGGCGACGGUAUUAG